CAAACAUGGCCGUCUGUCAUUGUUGUUAUAUUGUCUGUGUGAUUUAAUUUUCAGAAGAGUGCGGCAUUUUCUAGUGAAUAAAAUAUUGAUAAAUAUAGCAUUUUAUAGGAAGAACUUUACAAAAUAUGGCGCGGAAUAAAUCUCCUUCGGCAGCCUCCGAAAAAGAUAAAAAGAAGCAAAAAGAAAAGAAGAAAAAGGGAGAUUCAGGAUCUAGUAGUAGCGAUAGCAGCGGCAGUUCAUCGGAUAGCAGUUCUUCGAGAUCGUCGUCCAGGUCAUCGUCGAGCAGUUCCGGCAGUUCCUCCCGAUCGUCAUCCAGUUCCAGUUCAUCGAGCAGCAGCAGCAGUAACAAUGACCGUUCCAGGCCAAAGAAGAAAACAUCUCCCCACAAAAGCCCAGUAAAAGAUCGCCGCGAGCCAGAAAGAGAUAAAGCGAAAGACAGGUCACCACUAGGAGACAAGAAGAAAUUAAACACAGUCUCAACUAAUGACAAAUUAAAAUCUAAGGAUAAGCAUGAGAGAUCACCUGGUAGAAAGAAGCGAGAGCGCUCACCACCUCCUCGUCCCACAAGAAUACACAUUGGGCGACUUUCCCUAAAUGUUAACAGAGACCAUAUUCACGAAAUAUUUUCCACUUACGGAAAUGUGAAAGCUGUGGAGUUUCCCAUGGACAGAUUCCACCCUCAUAACGGCCGCGGGUAUGCUUAUGUGGAGUUCAGUAAUGCGGAUGAAGCAGAAAAUGCCAUGAAGCACAUGGAUGGAGGACAAAUCGACGGUCAGGAGAUAACGGCGGCGCCGGUGCUGGUGCCGUCCCGCCCGCGCCGGCCGUCGCCGCGCCCGCCGCCGCCGCGACACGUGCCGCCCAGAAGACACUCGCCGCCACGGUACAGGCGGCGCUCCCCGCCCCCGCGCCGCCGCUCGCCGCCCCGCCGGCGCCGCACGCGCUCGCGCUCCCCGCGCCCCGCCCCGCGCCGCCGCCGCUCCAGGUCCUCCUCCUCCUCCUCCCGGUAG